AUGGCGUCUACAUGGAAACCAACCGAAAACUCUGUGUUGCAGCUAGCAACUCUUUUACAGAACUGUAUGUCACCAAAUCCAGAAAUUCGUAAUAAUGCAAUGGAAGCUAUGGAGAACUUCCAACUACAGUCUGGGUUUUUUAAUUAUUUGUGUUAUAUUUUAAUUGAAGGUGAGUCCGAUGAUGUAUUAAAGCAGCACUACUCUUUACAAGAUCUUCAGAACAAUAGAGCUACAGCCGGUAUGCUGUUAAAGAAUUCAAUGCUAGGGGAGAACAAUUUAAUCAAGGACAAUAAUGAUGAUUUGGAAUAUGUUAAGUCAAACAUUAUACAUGGUCUAUAUAACUCAAAUAAUAAUCUGGUUUCUAACGUGACAGGUAUUGUCAUUACGACUUUAUUUUCGACCUAUUAUAGACAACAUAGAGAUGAUCCAACCGGCCUUCAAAUGCUUUACCAAUUGUUAGAGUUAACGUCAAAUGGAAACGAGCCGAGUAUUAAGGCUUUAUCUAAGAUUAUGGAGGACAGUGCACAAUUUUUCCAAUUGGAAUGGUCAGGAAAUACCAAGCCUAUGGAAACUUUAUUGGACAGUUUUUUUAGGUUUAUUUCAAAUGCAAAUUUUUCACCCGUGAUUCGUUCUGAAUCGAUUAAAUGUAUAAAUACAGUCAUUCCAUUACAAACGCAAAGUUUCAUUGUAAGAUUAGAUAAAUUUUUAGAGAUCAUUUUCCAGCUAGCUCAAAAUGACGAAAACGACCUAGUCAGGGCACAAAUCUGCAUUAGUUUUAGUUUCUUACUAGAAUUUAGACCAGAUAAGCUGGUCUCUCAUUUGGAUGGCAUUGUACAGUUCAUGUUGCAUUUGAUCUCCAAUGUAAAUGAGGAAAAGGUGGCUAUUGAAGCUUGUGAAUUUUUGCACGCUUUUGCAACGAGUCCAAAUAUUCCUGAACACAUCUUACAACCAUAUGUGAAGGAUAUCGUGCCGAUAUUAUUAUCGAAGAUGGUUUAUAAUGAAGAGUCCAUUCUCCUCCUUGAAGCUUCUAAUGAAGAUGACGCAUUUUUGGAGGAUAAAGAUGAAGAUAUCAAGCCCAUUGCCCCUCGCAUUGUGAAAAAGAAGGAGGCAGUAAAUGGUGAAGAUGUAGACGAUAACGAAGAUGAUGAAGAUGGCGAUGAAGAUGGUGAUGUUGAUAACCAAUGGAAUUUGAGAAAAUGUUCCGCCGCAACACUAGAUGUAAUGACAAAUAUUCUACCUCAUCAAGUGAUGGAUAUUGCAUUCCCAUUUUUAAGGGAACAUUUGGGUUCCGAUAGAUGGUUCAUCAGGGAAGCUACCAUAUUAGCAUUGGGAGCCAUGGCAGAAGGUGGAAUGAAGUAUUUUAAUGAUGGAUUACCUUCAUUAGUGCCAUUUCUGGUGGAACAGCUAAACGAUAAGUGGGCACCAGUGAGGAAAAUGACUUGUUGGACAUUAAGUAGAUUUUCGCCUUGGAUAUUACAGGAUCACACUGAGUUUUUAAUGCCAGUUCUAGAACCCAUAAUAAAUACCUUAAUGGACAAGAAAAAGGAAGUUCAAGAGGCAGCUAUUAGCAGUGUAGCUGUAUUCAUCGAAAACGCUGAUUCAGAAUUAGUUGAAACUUUGUUCUAUAGUCAAUUAUUGACGAGUUUUGAUAAAUGUCUGAAAUACUACAAAAAAAAGAACCUAAUUAUAUUGUACGAUGCCAUAGGUCGGUUUGCUGAAAAAUGUGUGCUGGAUGAAACAGCAAUGCAAAUAAUCUUGCCACCUUUGAUUGGAAAAUGGGCUUCAUUAUCGGAUGGUGACAAAGAGCUAUGGCCACUAUUAGAAUGUCUUUCCUGUGUGGCAUCAUCGCUGGGGGAAAGAUUCAUGCCCAUGGCACCGGAAGUGUAUAACAGGGCUUUUAGAAUUUUAUGUCAUUGCGUGGAAUUGGAAGCCAAAUCCCAUCAAGACCCGACAAUAGUAGUGCCUGAGAAGGAUUUCAUUAUCACAUCGUUAGAUUUGAUUGAUGGAUUGGUGCAAGGUCUUGGUGCUCACUCGCAAAAUUUACUGUUUCCUCAAGGAACGGAAGAUUUGACCAUCCUGAAAAUCAUGUUAGAAUGUUUACAGGAUCCUGUUCAUGAAGUAAGACAAAGUUGCUUCGCCUUGUUGGGAGAUAUUGUAUAUUUCUUCAAUUCUGAAUUGAUAAUCGGCAAUCUGGAGGAUUUUUUAAAGCUGAUUGGUACGGAAAUAAUGCAUAACGAUGAUAGCGAUGGUGCUCCUGCCGUGAUAAAUGCGAUAUGGGCUCUUGGGUUGAUAAGCGAGCGUGUAGAUCUGAACACCUAUAUUAUUGAUAUGUCUAGAAUCAUUCUGGAUCUAUUUACUACUAACACACAAAUUGUAGACGGUUCGGUGAUGGAGAACUUGUCUGUAACCAUCGGAAAGAUGGGACUGACACACCCUGAGGUUUUCAGCUCCGGCGCAUUUGCCAACGAUUCAAACUGGAAUAAAUGGUGCCUGUCUGUGAACGCAUUGGCCGAUGUGGAGGAAAAGAGCAGCGCGUACAUGGGGUUCCUGAAGAUCAUCAACUUAACCGGCACAGGGGUCGCGAUUAGUGAUGAUACUAUUCAUAAGAUCGUUUCAGGCUUGUCAAACAACGUGGAAGCAAAUGUUUUUGCCCAAGAUAUUUAUACUUUUUUAAUGAAUCACCCUACCCAAAUUGCCGCAAUCAAUUUCACGCCAGAUGAAAUUUCAUUCUUACAGCAGUUCACCAACUGA